AUGUCGAAAAGUGAAAUAAAGCGAGUGUACAUUGUCAGACCUGAACGAAAAUCGUUUCAAAGACAUUUGUCGAAGGAAUUAGGAAGUAAGAGCAAGGGGAACACAAGAAUUAACACCCAGGUAAUAGACACUUCCGGUAAAUUGUUAACAUUUCAUUAUGAAAUUUCAUUGCUGCCACCAAAAUAAUUUUCGUAUACUUAAUUAAUCCGUAAGUGUAAAUUCAUGACAAAAAAACAUUUAGCAGGUAUCAAUUAGACUUAUAUAUAUUUAUAUGUAUUUCUUAUUUUAUAUGUAUUUAAAAUAAGAUUAUCAGUGUAAAAUCGUUUGAACGUUACGUAACACGCGAUCAGAUUUUCUACUUGGUUAUGACUAUAUUCAAAUUUUUAAAUUUUUCAUACGUUUCGCAAGCGACAAACAAACUAAUGAAGUAUGUUUAGUGCUUUAUUUAUAAAAUUAUGCUAAUCAAGACUCAGAUUCCAGACUCAAGCGAAGUUUAACCUUUUUUAAUGCUGAACAUAUUAAGACUAAUAGGACUAUGAGAUCCUUUGUACUUUCUAUGUGCAAAUCGUUUUAAAUGCAAACAAUUACAGGUAAACUACGUGAAGCGUUCCUCUUUUGAGUUCCUAACUCAUUUGGAAUUUUCAUAAUUUGCUUUGCAAAUUUGAAAAACUCGUUGCAAAUCCCUUGAGGGAAUUUGCAAUUUUCCUGUCGGCCGUUGCAAUAUUCUAACGCAAAGAAAGUUCCUUUCAAAUUUUCCUAACUUCCUGCAUGUUUUAAUUUCCUAACUUCUUGUUCUGUUCUGUUCUGAGCGUUAUCAUUGGUGGAUUAUUUUUGUUACCCAAUUGCAACCAUAGAUAUCUUAGGCAGCGUUUACACUGUACCGUUUUCGUAGCGUUCUCGUAUUGUUCGAGAGAACUAGACUAUUGUCUUGCGUUCCCUUGAGGAUUAAGAACAAUACGAGAACGCUACGAAAACGGUACAGUGUAAACGCUGCCUUAUAUACACUAGAUAGCGCAUCUCUUUUAGUAAAAUUGAAGCCAAAAAUAUUCCAGCGGUUACCCCCAUUUGAAUAGAGGGCGGCCAUGUUGGUAGUUCCCACUCGCUAAUAAACGCUUAAAAAACACCAAUAACUUUCAUCAUUUGAAUAGUUUAAAAAUGUAUUUGGAAUAGGUUUAACUUAAUGUUUAAGUUCCCUGUUUAAGAAAUAGAAAACACAAGAAUCUUCUCAUUUCAUGGGAAUAUCCUGAGUCUGCAAUCACGGAUUCAAUUUUUGAAUUGCAGAAUAAUUAGAUGCACUAUCUGAUAUCUAUGAUUGCAACGCACAGCACAGAACAGAACAGAACAGAACAGAACAGAACAGAACAGAACAGAACAGAACAAGAAGUUAGGAACUUGUAACAGGAAGUUAAUUAAGAACUUCUAACAGGAACUGAGGAAAUUUAUUUGGCUCUUAUGAGAACAUUGCAAAUUCCCUCAAGGGAUUUGCAAGGGAGUUUUUCAAAUUUGCAAAGGUAAUAAGGAAAAUUCCAAUCAAGUUAGGAACUCAAAAGAGGAACGCUUCACGUACUAGUUUACCUGUAAUAACAAUUUUUAAAUUUGUAGUAUAGAAGUAAUUGAUAGUUAGUGUAAAUUACGUAAUUCAACCCUUGGUUGCGAUGUUAUUAUUAUUAGUAAACCUAACCUAACCUAACAUUAAUUGUAUUUAAAUUGACAUUAUUUAACUAUUAUUUUGUGUUUCUCAACCGGCAGAAACAUUUAAAAAGGUUGCUACCUGUGUAAGCUUAAAAGUAAAGUUAUAGUCUUAGAUCUGUUGAUCUUAGAUCUGUUGAAGUAAAGUUCUUAAAAGAUCUUAAAAGUAAAGCUAUACUGCUAUAGUCUUAGAUCUGAGUAGUAAAAGUAAAGCUAUAGUCUUAAAAAAGUCUUAAAAGUAAAGCUAUAGUCUUAGAAAAGUAAAGAUCUUAAAAGUAAAGCUAUAGUCUUAGAAAAGUAAAGAUCUUAAAAGUAAAGCUAUAGUCUUAGAAAAGUAAAGAUCUUAAAAGUAAAGCUAUAGUCUUAGAUCUGUACAGUCUUAGAUCUGUUGAUCUUGAUCUCAGAUCAGUGGUUAUCUGAAAACUAGUUUUCAGAUCAGUGGUUGAUCUACCUAGCCCAAGGUGUGACAUCUUUUUUCUGGAAUAUCUUUAAUUAAAAUAUUUAUUUUGUAAUAAUGUAUUAAUAAUUGUAAUGUACAUGGGAAAAUUUAAAAAAAUAUGAUUUGAACAAAUUUGACUGGGUAAACCGUUGCCAUUGCUUCUGUAUUCAGGUGUUGAUUGUGAAAACAUUUGAAGAACUAUAUCAAUAUAUAAAACAAAGGAACUUGACGAUUGAUUUUGGUGGGACAUUACAACACGACUUCAGAGCUUGGCUAGCUGUUCAAAAGGUAAAUUUUGAAACAAGAUUUUUCGUUAUAGAUAACUAACAGAUCCAGGAUAAAUGAAGUUUGUGUCCACGCGUAAAAAUCUCGCCGCUUGUUCCUAGUUGUUGACAAGUCUGGAACAAGUUAUUAUCAUCUUGUAACAAGCUAGGUUGCUGAGGCCAACAGAAUCGCAACAAGUUGUUCCAACAAGUCUGAUAUCUACACGUAACAAGUUGACGAAAACAACAAGUAACAGUUGACGAAAACAAGCCUGUAGCAACUUGUUACGAGCAGCCUGUAUUAGCCUUGUUGGAACAACUUGUAGCAAGUCAGUUUCCAUUGUCAACCUUCUAACAUGGCGAUAACAAGUUGUUCCAGACUUGUCACAACAACUGGAAACAAGCAGUGCGAACUAGAGGUGUGCAAAUCCGAUCCAAUCGGAUUCGUUCGGAUUUCGGAACAAAAAUAUACAUAUCGGAUCGGAUUGAUAAAGUUGUUUCGUAGUCGGAUCGGAUCGGACUUCGAUAUUCGAAAUAAAAUUAAUUAAUUAUUCACGCAUUAUUGCAGGAAUUAAUUAUCCAUGCAUUUAUCAAAGCAUUAUCGCGGUUGUCGCUGCAUUUUUCGUUUGAUACUUCAAUUGGACGUCACUUUGUCAGCUUCUUGACAUGUAUUUCUUGUUUUUAUAUUUAUUUGGUUAAACAUUUUCAACUUGAAUGAGAAAUUUAUUAUAGGAUUCUUCGGAUCGGAUUGGAAUUCUUUAUCACAACUCGGAUCGGAUUCGGAUUAGACAAUUUCGGAUCGGAUCGGAUUUUAAACAUUAGCCAAUUGUCGAAUUAUAAACGUCCGAUCCGAUGCACACCUCUAGUGCGAACACCUCUUGAUUUCGGCUUGCAUACAACCUCAUAACUUUCCUGAUCUCGUUAAUUUUUAAAAUUUUCUCUUUUGCCUAGAUGUUAACCCAAUACUAUCUUCUGGUUAAUAAUGUUACCACGUCAUCAACUGAUGUUCUCCACAGAAUACGCGAUCUUACAUCGGGGGAGCUGGGAACCAGAACUCCAGAGAAGAAUACGGAGCAUGCGCAGAGAAAGCGACUACGAAAUAUUGAAAAGAAAAAGAUUGAGAUACUAAGGUAAUUUUAAUAUCUAGGCUCGGCCACCUUUACAUAUUAAAUAAUGCUUCUUAAAUUAAAAGCCUUCUUCGCGAGAAAUCGUAACUGCAAAAUAUGAAUUGUGACAAAUGAGUAAUUCUAUUGAAUUUUUCCAUUUUGUGCGCUUUCGUAGUACCGACGCAAGGGAAAUUUUUCUUGCGAAGUCUUGUAAUUUAUUUCUACAGUGCAUCCGUUAAUUUCAUUUGCGCGAAAUUUUUCGCAUUACACCGAGGAAAAGUGAUGGUGGAAUCAGGCUUUAAAACAAAUCUCUUACAUUUUAGGCGGUACAGUUUUACCAAAGCCGAGGAAGACGGUCAAAGAUUGCACUCGUAUUUUCAGGAUCCAAAGUUAAACGAAAAUUUUCAGUCUCUCUCUAAAUCUCCAGUGUAUGUAUUGGACAAAGCAAGAUUCCAACAGUAUUAUCGCAAGAUUUUAGCUGUGAGAGACAGUAUUGAGCAUGCGUGGAAGGAAGGUGUGGGUAAAAUGAAGUCGUUGGCUAGUGAACAAGAAUUGUAUGAUCGCCUCAUUGAG